UAUUGGUAUUUCAGCCCACUGUCACACCAUCGAAAUAUAUUUUUUAAACGUGCUUAUAAACAAUAAAUAACUUGCGAAAAUGGACAUUAGAAACAACGAUCCCGGCGCUGUUCAAUAUGGGAAUUUUUUCAACUACUAUCAAUUUAAUUCAGCACUCGAUCGGGUAAAACUACUCCCGGAUAAAGAUGUAUGGUUACCUUCCUUGGAUGACGGAGAAUCAACCGGAAGCAGUCCUUAUAUUGUCCUGGAUGUGGGCUGCAAUUGCGGCGUAUUUACCCAACUGCUUCACAAGUACUUGGAGGAACGUCUUCAGAGAUCCGUAAAAAUUCUAGGAGUAGAUAUAGACCAUCGACUGAUACAACGCGCCCUGGAUGAAAACGAAUCCCCGGAAAACAUAAGCUACGCCUGCGUGGAUGUCCUAGAUGAUGAUGCCUUCAAAUGUGUAAAAACCUAUCUGGACACCCAAAAUCGUCAGAAGUUCGAUGCCAUUUGCUGCUACUCCAUUACCAUGUGGAUUCAUCUAAAUCACCAUGAUGAGGGCCUCCAAUUGUUUCUGAAGAAGCUCUCAAACUUGGCAGAGCUGCUGGUGGUUGAACCUCAACCCUGGAAAUGCUACCAAAAAGCAGAAAAACGUCUGAAAAAGGCCGGAGAGGUCUUUCCCCUUUUUCUAGAACUAAAGUGGCGAUCUGAUGUGGAACAGCGGAUAGAAAAGUACCUUGAAGAUACUCUCGACCGAAGGAAGAUAUUCGAGUCCACUCCCACUAAGUGGCAGCGAAAGAUUUGCUUCUACAGAUAAUGAUUCAAGGUUUAAUUCUAAGGAGGAUUAUCUGAGUACAACAGGAUAGCAUACCAUUUAUUUCUUUUCCAAUGCCAAUUUAUUGCAUUUGUGUAAAAAUAGCUAAAUAUAGAGCUUUUAACUUGA